AUGAAGCUAGAGAAUCUUCAGCCAUCAGGAUCAUUCAAAUCACGAGGAGUUGGCAAUCUCGUCCGGAACUGCGUCCAACGUCGACGAACCUCUGCCACUGCCAGUCAUGGGCCCAAGAUCCAUUUCAUCUCCAGUUCCGGGGGCAAUGCCGGACUGGCGGCCACCACGGCGGCAAGACAACUCGAUCAGGACGUCACGGUGGUGGUGCCGAAGACGACGGGGCGGGCCAUGAGAGACAAGCUUGUCGCCGCAGGAGCACGAGUCCUCGUCCACGGCGCCACGGUGUCAGACGCGGACGAGUACGUGAAGCACAUGGUCGCCGACGAUCCGAAGAGUGUCUACGUGCCUCCCUUCGAUCACGAAGAUAUCUGGCAAGGCAACUCGACCAUCAUCGACGAACUCCACGCCCAACUGGACGGCCAUCCUCCCACCGCAAUCAUCUGCAGUGUCGGCGGCGGGGGCCUGUUCAACGGCAUCAUGCAGGGCCUCGAGCGACACGGCUGGACCUCACACGUCCAAGUGCUCGCCGUCGAGACCUCCGGCGCCGACUCGCUGGCCCAGUCGCUGCAGGCAGGGGAGCUGAUUACGCUGCCGUGCAUCACGAGCAUCGCCCGCUCGCUGGGCGUGACCCGCGUCAGCGAGCGGACCUUGGCAUAUGCAGAUGCCCGCCCGGACCUGGUCCACAGCUUGGUCUUGAGCGACGCCGCCGCCGCCAUGGCGUGCGUGAGGUUCGCCGAUCAGGAGAAGAUCAUGGUCGAGGCCGCCUGUGGCGCAGCGGUUGCCGCGUGCGAUCAGGCCGUGUUGAGGGCCGCUGUACAUGGAUUUGGGACAGAUUCCACCAUCGUGGUGGUUGUUUGUGGUGGUAAGUCCAAGUCUUGCCCUAUGCCUUAUUUCUCAUGGUUGCGUGUGAAUGAGCAAGCCGCUCUAGCCAUUGACCUUGACCUUCAUUGA